AUGGCCGCAUUGAUGCUGGCUGAAGCUGCGUGCAACUGGGGUGCACCACUACGUGCCCCUCCGCGUCCUCGACCUCAUGCCAAGAAGAAGUUGUUUAGCUCGGGCCGACAGGCCCGGCUGAUGUCGAGGAUCUGCUCGACCUCCGUGGCGUGCUUGUCAGCGUCUUUCCGCGUAGUGAACGUCUCGAGCUCGAUUUUGUGGUACACGCGGGAGGGGAUGCCGCUCAAGUACUUGUCGUGUAGCUCCAGGUCGCCGUACCCGGAGCGGUCCGCCGGACCUUUGAACAGCGCGGAGAACUCCGCAGCGCUCUACUUGUGCUGCUGCCUCAUCGUCGAGAUUUCCGAAGCAGGCCCGGAAGGCGGCGGCAAAGGCCGCUUCGUUUGCGAAUGGGGUCGUGGCCCCUUGCACUCCUAUCUGCACCGACACGAGCUGGGCGAAGUAGGGAGUGGCCCAGGCGCGGGCGUCUCCAUCGAGCAGGCUAAGUGCAACCUGCACCUUGAGUUUGAUGGUGGUCAACGACGUGUUGAUCAACCAGGACGGCAGCGGGAGAGGACAUUAUUGGCGACGAGGGGGAUGAAGGACUGCCUGCAGACAAAGGCGACUAUUGUGACUGUCCACUGGGCAAACUUCACGAGGAACGAGUGCUCGAGCGGCCUCGCGGCGGCGACGGCAGUGAAGACGAUUGAGGAAGCCCGGAGGCGGGGUGACGUAGGACAGGGACUGGAGUUGAGGAGGGGACUGCGGACGACGAGCUGGCCCAAGAAUGCGGCGGAGUGUCGUGGGGCUCGGUCUUGGGAGGCCUUUCCAGCCACGGCCCCAGGGAGGGCUGGGGGAUCGCUUGAGGGGUCGCUGAAGGCUGUGCGACUGCCUCAGUUCUUCUAG